AUGGUCACCGCAUCGACAACAUCGUCGGCUCCACAGUGCGGGCAAAGCGUCGCCGUGGUCAUGGGAGACACGUGUGCUUCUGUCGCUCAUGCUCCCCUUCUGCCUGCCAUUCCUUCUCUCUGCCUUGCCAUUACUCCUCUCUGCCUUGCCAUUCCUUCUCUCUGCCUUGCCAUUACUCCUCUCUGCCUGCCAUUCCUUCUCUCUGCCUUGCCAUUACUCCUCUCUGCCUGCCAUUCCUUCUCUCUGCCUUGCCAUUACUCCUCUCUGCCUGCCAUUCCUUCUCUGCCUGCCUACUCCUCUCUGCUGCAUUCCUCUCUCUGCCUUGCCAUUACUCCUCUCUGCCUGCCAUUCCUUCUCUCUGCCUUGCCAUUACUCCUCUCUGCCUGCCAUUCCUUCUCUCUGCCUUGCCAUUACUCCUCUCUGCCUGCCAUUCCUUCUCUCUGCCUUGCCAUUACUCCUCUCUGCCUGCCAUUCCUUCUCUCUGCCUUGCCAUUACUCCUCUCUGCCUGCCAUUCCUUCUCUCUGCCUUGCCAUUACUCCUCUCUGCCUGCCAUUCCUUCUCUCUGCCUUGCCAUUACUCCUCUCUGCCUGCCAUUCCUUCUCUCUGCCUUGCCCAUUACUCCUCUCUGCCUGCCAUUCCUUCUCUCUGCCUUGCCAUUACUCCUCUCUGCCUGCCAUUCCUUCUCUCUGCCUUGCCAUUACUCCUCUCUGCCUGCCAUUCCUUCUCUCUGCCUUGCCAUUACUCCUCUCUGCCUGCCAUUCCUUCUCUCUGCCUUGCCAUUACUCCUCUCUGCCUGCCAUUCCUUCUCUCUGCCUUGCCAUUACUCCUCUCUGCCUGCCAUUCCUUCUCUCUGCCUUGCCAUUACUCCUCUCUGCCUGCCAUUCCUUCUCUCUGCCUUGCCAUUACUCCUCUCUGCCUGCCAUUCCUUCUCUCCUGCCUUGCCAUUACUCCUCUCUGCCUGCCAUUCCUUCUCUCUGCCUUGCCAUUACUCCUCUCUGCCUGCCAUUCCUUCUCUCUGCCUUGCCAUUACUCCUCUCUGCCUGCAUUCUCUCUGCCUGCCAUUACUCCUCUCUGCCUGCCAUUCCUUCUCUCUGCCUUGCCAUUACUCCUCUCUGCCUGCCAUUCCUUCUCUCUGCCUUGCCAUUACUCCUCUCUGCCUGCCAUUCCUUCUCUCUGCCUUGCCAUUACUCCUCUCUGCCUGCCAUUCCUUCUCUCUGCCUUGCCAUUACUCCUCUCUGCCUGCCAUUCCUUCUCUCUGCCUUGCCAUUACUCCUCUCUGCCUGCCAUUCCUUCUCUCUGCCUUGCCAUUACUCCUCUCUGCCUGCAAUUCCUUCUCUCUGCCUUGCCAUUACUCCCUCUCUGCCUGCCAUUCCUUCUCUCUGCCUUGCCAUUACUCCUCUCUGCCUGCCAUUCCUUCUCUCUGCCUUGCCAUUACUCCCUUCCGCCUGCCAUUCCUUCUCUCUGCCUUGCCAUUACUCCUCUCUGCCUGCCAUUCCUUCUCUCUGCCUUGCCAUUACUCCUCUGCCUGCCAUUCCUUCUCUCUGCCUUGCCAUUACCUCCUCUCUGCCUGCCAUUCCUUCUCUCUGCCUUGCCAUUACUCCUCUCUGCCUGCCAUUCCUUCUCUCUGCCUUGCCAUUACUCCUCUCUGCCUGCCAUUCCUUCUCUCUGCCUUGCCAUUACUCCUCUCUGCCUGCCAUUCCUUCUCUCUGCCUUGCCAUUACUCCUCUCUGCCUGCCAUUCCUUCUCUCUGCCUUGCCAUUACUCCUCUCUGCCUGCCAUUCCUUCUCUCUCUGCCUUGCCAUUACUCCUCUCUGCCUGCCAUUCCUUCUCUCUGCCUUGCCAUUACUCCUCUCUGCCUGCCAUUCCUUCUCUCUGCCUUGCCAUUACUCCUCUCUGCCUGCCAUUCCUUCUCUCUGCCUUGCCAUUACUCCUCUCUGCCUGCCAUUCCUUCUCUCUGCCUUGCCAUUACUCCUCUCUGCCUGCCAUUCCUUCUCUCUGCCUUGCAUUACUCCUCUCUGCCUGCCAUUCCUUCUCUCUGCCUUGCCAUUACUCCUCUCUGCCUGCCAUUCCUUCUCUCUGCCUUGCCAUUACUCCUCUCUGCCUGCCAUUCCUUCUCUCUGCCUUGCCAUUACUCCUCUCUGCCUGCCAUUCCUUCUCUCUGCCUGCCAUAUCCUCUCUAG